GGGUCGAUUGGCUGCGCAGCAGCGGUGGGAGAAAAAGAGACGGGAGAUCGUGCAAAGAUCUCUGCAAUGGCUGGCGCCGCGGCUGGUGGUUUUGUUACCCGCUCCUUGGAGUCCAUGCUCAAGGAGUGCUCCGGGAAGAAGUACGCCGACCUGCAGAAGGUCAUCAAAACAUGUCUAGAAAAUUUGAAAAAUGAGAAGCCUUCUUUAGAAAGGAGUCAUGCAGAAUCUUCAACAGCAAACGAGAGAGCUAAUAAUGGUGAAGCUAAAGAAGGAAACUCUGCCGUUAGCCUACAAUCAAAUUUCGAUGCUGGAGAUGAAGCCGCUACUUAUGUCAAUUCUGUUGAUGAUACGAAACCUAUUACAACAUCUUUAUCAAGUGCUGGACACAUCUUAGAAGGAAAUCAAGUAGAAGUGGUGUUGCAACCGCUCAGACUUGCAUUUGAAACUAAGAACAUAAAGCUGAUGGAGCCUGCAUUAGAUUGCUUGCAUAAACUCAUUGCCUAUGAUCAUCUGGAAGGUGAUCCUGGUCUGGAAGGUGGUAAAAGCGAUCCACUAUUUACCAAUAUUCUUAACAUGGUCUGUGGUUGUGUUGAUAAUUCGUCACCAGAUAGUACCAUACUGCAAGUACUGAAAGUGCUUCUUACUGCUGUGGCAUCAACAAGGUUCAGAGUUCAUGGAGAGCCAUUGUUGGGGGUGAUUAGAGUGUGCUACAACAUUGCACUUAACAGCAAGAGUCCCAUAAAUCAGGCUACCUCAAAGGCAAUGUUGACCCAAAUAAUCAGUAUUGUUUUCAGACGAAUGGAAUCUGAUGAGGUUCCAAAUGAUCAAUCACAUGAAGAUGUUACUUUUACUGGCUCUCUAAAUUCUGAUAAUGGAGAAAUAUCCAUAGAAGAUCAAGAUGAGGCAAAAGACACGCAAGGGGAAGCUCAGCUUGUGAACCAGGAGAAAGAGACAUCUGCUGCAACCGUUGAAGUUCUUCAGAAUCUUGCUGUUGGUGCCGAUAUCAAGGGCCUAGAGGCUGUUCUUGACAAAGCUGUCCACACAGAAGAUGGACAAAAGUUAUCACGAGGGAUUGAUCUUCAGAGCAUGAGCAUUACGCAUCAUGAUGCUUUGUUGAUAUUUCGUACCCUAUGCAAGAUGAGCAUGAAAGAAGAGAGUGAUGAAGUUACUACAAAGACGAGACUUCUAUCCCUCGAGCUUUUGCAGGGUUUGCUUGAAGGGGUUAGCCAAUCUUUCACGACCAAUUUCCAUUUUAUUGACUCCGUUAAGGCUUACCUUUGUUAUGCUUUAUUAAGAGCUUCUGUUUCUUCAUACCAGGCUGUAUUUCAGUACGCUACUGGGAUUUUCACAGUGCUUUUACUACGAUUUAGGGAAAGUCUUAAGGGUGAAAUUGGCAUUUUCUUCCCCUUGAUCAUCUUGAGAUCCUUGGAUAGUGCUGACUGUUUGCUCAGUCAAAGAACAAGCGUUCUAAGGAUGCUUGAAAAAGUUUGUCAGGAUCCUCAAAUGCUUGCUGAUGUGUUUGUUAAUUAUGACUGUGAUCUUGAGGCGCCAAACCUCUUUGAACGCAUGGUUAAUGCUCUAUCAAGAAUAGCUCAGGGUACUUAUAGUACUGAUCCUAACUCUGCUAAUUCAUCUCAAACAGCAUCCAUCAAAGGCUCUUCACUUCAGUGCUUAGUGAGUGUUCUUAAGUCAUUGGUUGAUUGGCAAAAGUUGAGAGAGUCUGAAAAAGAUGGUAAAGUUGUCCGAUCUCUUGAAGUGGAUGUUUUGGUUCAAGAACCUUACGAUGAAGCUAAAAUUCGAGAAGAUGGAAUCAAUCAGUUUGAGAAAGCUAAAGUUCAUAAAUCUACUUUGGAAGCUGCAAUCUUGGAGUUCAACCGUAAGCCAGCAAAAGGAGUAGAGUAUCUACUUUCAAAUAAGCUAGUAGAGAAUACACCUCUAUCUGUGGCACAAUUUCUCAAGGGUUCUCCUAGUUUGGAUAAGGCAAUGAUUGGUGAAUAUUUAGGCCAACAUGAUGAUUUUCCUCUUGCCGUGAUGAAUGCUUACGUUGAUUCCAUGAACUUUACUGGAUUAAAGUUUGAUGCUGCAAUUCGUGAAUUCCUCCAAGGAUUCAGGCUUCCUGGAGAAGCCCAAAAGAUUGAUAGGAUCAUGGAAAAAUUUGCAGAGCGCUAUUGUUUCAAUAAUCCAGGCCUUUUCAAGAGUGCAGAUACUGCAUAUGUUCUUGCAUAUGCAGUGAUCAUGUUGAAUACUGAUGCUCAUAAUCUGAUGGUCUGGCCCAAAAUGUCUAAGUCUGAUUUCAUUCGCAUGAACACUACAAGUGAGGCAGAAGAGUGUGCGCCAAAGGAGCUCCUGGAGGAAAUUUACAAUUCAAUUGUUAGGGAAGAGAUAAAGAUGAAGGAUGAUGUAGUUGGGGCAGUCAAGAGUAGCAAGCAAAGACCUGAGGCAGAAGAAAGAGGUCGGUUAAUAAACAUCCUUAAUUUGGCCUUUCCUAGGAGGUUUUCUGGGGCAGAUUCAAAGGCUGAAAGUGAAGAAAUAAUUAAGCAAACACAAGCACUUUUUAGACGUCAAGGUGUGAAAAGGGGCAUAUUUCAUAAAGCACAACAGGUUGAUCUAGUCAGGCCAAUGGUUGAAGCUGUAGGUUGGCCUUUGCUCGCAACAUUUUCUGUUACGAUGGAGGAGGGUGAUAAUAGAGCUAGAGUGCUUCUUUGUAUGGAAGGCUUCAAAGCUGGUAUACACAUUACUCGUGUUUUAGGGAUGGAUACAAUGCGCUAUGCUUUUUUGACCUCUUUAGUGAGACUAACAUUUUUACAUGCUCCAAAGGAAAUGCGUAGCAAAAAUGUGGAAGCGAUUAGAACCUUGCUUGCUUUGUGUGAUACAGAUACAGACUCCUUACAAGACACAUGGAAUGCUGUUCUGGAAUGUGUGUCAAGGCUCGAGUUUAUCACAUCAACCCCUUCUAUUUCAUUGACUGUGAUGCAGGGUUCUAACCAAAUAUCCAGAGAUGCAGUGCUCCAGUCACUAAGGGAAUUAGCUGACAAACCGACCGAGCAUUUAUUUGAAAAUAGUUCAAAGUUGCCCAGUGACUCUGUUGUAGAGUUUUUUGCAGCUCUUUGUGGCGUAUCUGCUGAAGAACUAAAACAAUCACCCGCUCGUGUUUUUAGCUUACAGAAGCUUGUUGAGAUCAGCUAUUAUAAUAUGGACCGUAUCCGUCUGGUCUGGGCUAGAAUAUGGUCAGUCCUUGCACAGCAUUUCAUUAGUGCUGGGAGCCAUCAUGAAGAAAAAAUAGCUAUGUAUGCUAUCGAUUCUUUGAGACAGCUUGGCAUGAAAUAUUUAGGGCGUGAUGAGCUCAUCAACUUUACCUUCCAGAAUGAUAUUUUGAAACCAUUUGUUAUUCUAAUGCGGAACAGUUGGAAUGAAAAAAUUCGUGCUCUUAUUGUUGAUUGCAUUGUACAGAUGACAAGUUCGAAGGUUGCUCGUAUUAAGUCUGGUUGGCGGAGUGUGUUUAUGAUAUUCACUGCAGCUGCUGAUGAUGAACUGGAAUCCAUAGUUGAAAAAGCAUUUGAGAAUGUUGAACAGGUUAUUCUGGAGCAUUUUGAUCAAGUGGUUGGCGAUUGCUUUAUGGAUUGUGUUAAUUGUCUCAUAAGAUUUGCUAACAAUAAAAAGUCUUCCCGGAUAAGUCUGAAGGCCAUUGCUCUCCUUCGUAUUUGUGAAGAUCGUCUAGCAGAGGGCCUUAUUCCAGGUGGAGCCCUUAAACCUGUGGAUGUUGACCCAGAGACAAACUUUGAAGUUACUGAGCAUUACUGGUUUCCAAUGUUGGCUGGACUUUCUGAUUUAACUUUGGACUCCAGAUCAGAAGUUAGGAGUUGUGCACUCGAAGUGCUUUUUGAUUUGCUAAAUGAGCGAGGCCAUAAAUUCUCUUCUGCUUUUUGGGAGAGCAUUUUUGACCGUGUCCUCUUUCCAAUUUUUGAUCAUGUCCGAUAUGCUGGAAAGGAUGGUUUCAUUUCCUCCGGGGAUGGAUGGCUCCGUGAAACUAGCAUCCAUUCACUUCAGUUGUUGUGCAACCUCUUUAAUACCUUCUACAAGGAGGUAUGUUUCAUGCUGCCACCACUAUUAAGUUUACUUGUUGACUGUGCAAAGAAGACAGACCAAACUGUUGUUUCUAUUUCUCUUGGUGCUUUAGUGCAUCUUGUUGAGGUAGGGGGCCACCAAUUCAGUGACAAUGACUGGGAUACUUUACUGAAAAAUAUAAGAGAUGCCUCUUACACAACUCAGCCCGUUGAGCUUCUCAAUUCUUUAGGAUUUGAGAACUUGAGGAGUCAAAAAUUGCUAAAUGAUGGCUUAUAUGUCAGUCCACAUGAGACUUCCUUCAAGGAUGCUAAUAAUGGUGGUAACGAUGGUGCAACAGCAUUACAUUUGACAUCUUUAAGGUCUGAGGUUGAAACUAUGGAGAGCAAUCCUAGCACAACAAACUUGCAACAUGAUCAAGAUGUGAAAUUCCUAGCCAUUUCAGAGGAGGAAUCUAAAAUAGGGAAUGCAACAAAACCUGUUGAAGCGGGGUUUCAACGGAGUCAAACUUUUGGUCAAAAGAUUGUCGGAAACGUGAUGGAUAACCUUUUCCUGAGAAAUCUCACAUCAAAGUCGAGGAUUGCAGUUGCAGAUGAGCUUGUGCCAUCUUCACCUGCUAAGACGCAUGAUCCUGUUGAGCCUAUCUACAAUAAGGGUGAUGAUGAGAACCUACUUAUGGAGGCAGUGAGGAGCAAAUGUGUAACUCAACUGCUACUUUUAGGUGUUCUUAAUAACAUUCAGAUGAGAUAUUGGGGCAAGUUAAAAGCUCCACAGAAGAUUGCAAUAAUGGAUAUUUUGCUAUCAGUUUUAGAGUUUGCUGCUUCGUAUAAUUCUCCCUCAAAUCUCAGGAUGCGAAUGCAGCAUAUACCUCCAGAAAGGCCACCUUUGAAUCUUCUCCGCCAGGAAAUCGCAGGAACGUCUGUAUAUUUAGAUAUCUUGCAGAAAUCAACUUCAAGAAGCAGCUAUGAUAAUGAUGAACUGGCAUGUACUAAUGUUUCUUUCCAUGAGAUUGGGACAAGGAGUGAAAGAAGCGAUACUGAAAUAAAAAACCCAGAAGUGAAGCUCAAAUUGCUUGCAGAGGAGAAAUUAGUAUCAUUCUGUGGACAGAUUCUAAAAGAAGCUUCUGAUCUCCAGCCAGGUACAAUAGAGAGUUCUAAUGCUGAGGUGCAUCGGGUGCUUGACUUGCGAGCUCCUAUUGUAGUCAAGGUACUCAAAGGCAUGUGUCUCAUGGACAACCAAAUAUUUAAAAGGCAUCUAAGAGAGUUCUAUCCUCUGAUAACAAAGCUCGUGUGUUGUGAUCAGAUGGAUGUCCGUGGAGCUCUUGGCGAUCUAGUCAGCGUACAGCUCGCGCCUCUUUUACCUUAGAUUUCAUUUGUUACGACCAUUUUACGAGUUUUUCUCUGCUCUUACUGGCUCCAAUCGAGUACGAACAUGCGGAUGAUCAAGCCUGGAUAGUUGCAUGCACCAUUUAUGUUUGCCGUGUUGAUUCUGGGUAAGACUUAUGCUGCUCAAAUUGGCUUCGAACCCCCCUCAUUUUGACCAGCCGUAUCUUCCUCUUUCAGAAUAUAAGUCAUAGAAGAAAUCGAUUUUAUUAGGCUUCCUUUUCAAUGUAUUUUUCAUUGCCAUUCUUUAUUAUUAAUGAUAAUUUACCUAGUUGACUUCGUGGAGGCAGCAGAAAAUGGACGAUGGAAACGGCAUUUUUGGGAGGAAUUAAUAAAUAUUUUCAAUUUUAGAUAUGUGUAGAGGUCCACAAUCUUGUAUGAAGGCCUAUAAUGUAAUUUUUGGAGAUCUAAAAAUUGUUAUAGAAAGCUAUUAUGAUUAA